CUUUACCGAAACAUGUACAGUGCACUUUUUGUAUUCAGUCUCAUUGUGGCUGUUACCGUUCUGGUCACCAGAGAUGCAAUGUCAAGCCCGCAGAUUGGAGCGCAGUUUGGUGAAAUUCACAACAAUGGAACUGGCGGAGGCAACGGCGCCAGUUUAACACCUUACGAACCUGGCAAUAGUUCAUCGUCCAUUGCUGGCUCUGGAUACCCUGAAUUUUAUUCAAGUCAUGCAAAUGACAGUUCGCCAACAUCUCCGUCAAUGAGCGGUGGUUCCAUGGAUCUACAAAAUUCCACGUGGGCUUCAUCAGGAUGUGAUUGCAGUCAAGUAUCGAAUGCACAAGAUAUUACUCCAAGCAAUGCCCCAACCGAUAAUUCAAGCGACGGCUCUACUGCCAACGAUGCUGUCAAUUCGGCAUCGAGUUCUUCAAGCAGUUAAUAUUUCGAAAAGUAAAUUCGCUUUCACAACAAUUCUAGCAAAUAAUUCAAACUUUCGUAAAAUUGUUUUAGUUUUUAUCAA